AUGAACUUGCAUUCGUCAACCGAAACCCCAGUCAAGUUACCAGCGGGACUAUCAGUCAAAAAAUUAGCUGAUCCCCAAUACGGAACUCCAGGGCGAAUCGACAUUCUGCUUGGAGCAGACACCUACAACGAGAUCGUCUUAGCAGGGUUCAAAAGGGGAUCUCCUUGUGCAGUGAAUACCAGAUUUGGCUGGAUUUUACUCGGUCCGACUUCUACUCGAAACAAUCAAGAGGGCAUAUUGACAUUUAUCGCUACUGAAGACAGCACGGAUAGGCUGGUCAAGAGGUUUUGGGAAAUCAACGAGAUACUGAGCAAACAGCCGGUAACAAGGGACGAGCAGGCAGCUAUGGAAUGGUAUCAGCAGACCACCAGGAGGGACGAGUCUGGCAGAUACAUUGUUCGGCUCCCGUUUAAGCAAAAUGCGGAUCCCGGAAAAACUGUGUGCAACUCGCAGCAGAAGGCGUAUAUUCGCUUCUCGCAAUUGAAAAAACGAUUGAACAACGACGAUGACUUAAGGAACCAAUAUGUAGCAUUCAUGGAGGAAUACCUUGAGCUAGGUCACAUGAUGGAAGUGCCAGUCGCAGAUAAGUUUACAAAACAGACAUAUUACUUGCCUCACCAUGCCGUACGCAAGGAUAACAGUAUCAUCACAAAGCUUCGAGUCGUUUUCAAUGCAUCUCAAGCAACAUCAACAGGCAAGUCACUCAACGAUAUCUUGCUCAUCGGUCCCAACAUUCAGAAUAGCAUCACUCAUGUAUUGAUGAGAUGGAGAACGUAUAGAUACGUGAUAGCAGCUGACAUAGAAAAGAUGUACGGACAGAUAAGUAUACAUCCUCAGGAUCAGGACUAUCAACGAAUCCUGUGGCGAAGUCAUCCAUCUAAACCGAUUAAACAUUUUAAGUUAACAACAGUUGCAUAUGGCACGGCCAGCGCCCCGUACUUGGCGAUGCGCACUUUGCAUCAGCUAUCGGAUGACGAAAGGGUGCACUAUCCAAAAGCGUGUCGAGCCAUUAAAGAAGACUUUUAUGUGGAUGAUGUCCUAACAGGCGGAUAUACAAUCAAGGAAGCGCAGACCUUACAGCAAGACCUUAUCAAAGUACUACAAAAGGGAGGGUUUAAAUGA